AUGGCCGGCGGCGAAAUGUUGACGCAGCGGAGAAAGAAGGGCGACGAGGAAAGAGCACUUUGCGCGCACCCUCCCCCCCAACCUCCCCUCGACCAUAAACGGCGGCACAGCUGCCGCGGGGCAGACAUCCCGCCUGCAGAUCGUUGCAACCUCACGGUUAAGGGUCGCGCCACACCACCGCCGCUCGGCCCCGAGACGGGCCCAGCAGCGAGAGGCGAGGUCGACGAGGUCGACAAGGUCAACAAGUAA